AGCGAUGACGUCAGGUGGAUAUCGGGAAUUCCGUAUGCACUGAGUGGAAGAAAAACUGAGUUGAGAACUCAUCAGAGAGGUCCGGAAAAAGUGGUAACACAACUAGCAAGAAACAUUCCGUGGGACAUGGCUUUUAAUUAUUUUAAAGUUGAUGUUAUAGAAGUGUUGCCUAUGUAUUUUAUUAAGAGAAAAUUAGAUGCAACCUUCGAAAGUGGUAUCAAACCCAAUGACCAUACCUCAACCAAUAUUCAUAAACAUCAGAUUUGAGAGCGACACCGCUGGGGGACAACUGAGGGCAGACUGCAGACUUGCACAUAAAGUCAGCCAUGUUCCCUGAUGCUCUGGAGGCAGUUGGCAGGGUGGAAGGCUUGCCCCUGACCUCCCCCGCAAACACAACCUUAACCGACCCCGAUGAAGAGGAAGGCCAGAGGGAGGUUGUGCCGUGGACCAGUACCAUGCGAAGGGCUGGCCGCUAUCGUCACAGCCUGCAGAUACUGAAGCCCUUCAGGAUAACGCACAAGCACCAGCACCCAGUCGACAACGCUGGCCUCUUCUCCUUCAUGACUCUGCACUGGCUCACCCCACUCGCACGGAGGGCCCACAAGACAUCCAGCCUCUCCACAGAUGACGUAUGGGGCCUAUCCUGCCACGAGGCCUCUGAAUUCAACUGUCAGAGACUGGAGAACCUGUGGUAUGAUGAGCUGAAACAGAAGGGGAAAGACGGGGCAUCACUGUCUCGCGUCUUCUGGAGGUUCUGCCAGACCCGCAUGCUGGUUGCCAUCUUCUCUCUCCUCAUCACCAUGGUCACUGGCUUCGUUGGGCCAGCUCUCCUGGUGCGUGCCCUGCUGGAGUAUUCUCAGAGUGCGGAGGCCUGGCUGCCCUACGGCCUCUCCCUAGUGGCAGGGAUCUUCCUGAUGGAGCUCAUGCGUUCCUGGUCGCUGGCACUCAUGUGGGCCGUCAACUAUCGCACCGCCGCUCGCCUCCGGGGUGCAGCGCUCACAUUCGCCUUCCACAAGAUCCUCCGCCUGCGCAGCACCAAAGACAUCAGUGCUGGAGCGCUGAUCAACAUCUGCUCCAGCGAUGGCCAGCGGGUAUACGAGGCAGUCUCAGUGGGCUGUCUGCUGGCCGGGGGCCCACUGGUUGGCAUCCUGGGUCUGUCCUACACUGCUUACUUUCUGGGACCCACUGCACUGGUUGGAUCAGCCAUAUUCAUCUUCUUCUACCCUGCUAUGAUGCUGGCUUCACGUCUCACAGCGUAUUUUCGUAAGAAGUGUGUGUUAGUGACUGACCAGCGCGUGAGGCUCAUGAAUGAGAUCCUCGGCUGUAUCAAGUUCAUCAAGAUGUAUUGCUUGGAAAACGCUUUCGCUCAGAACAUCCACACGGUGCGAUCUGAGGAGAGGAGGAUACUGGAGAGGGCUGGUUGUGUUCAGAGCCUCACAGUGGGCGUGGCCCCCAUCGUCGUUGUGAUCGCCAGUGUCUGCACAUUCACUCUACACAUGGCCCUGGGUUUUGACCUCACUGCUGCCCAGGCCUUUACCGUUGUUGCAGUCUUCAACUCCAUGACCUUUGCCCUCAAAGUCACGCCCUUGGCUGUACGAGCAUUAUCAGAGGGUUCUGUGGCAGUCAACCGAUUUCAGAGACUCUUCUUGAUGGAGGACCGAGAGGUUGUGUUGGCCAAAACGGACGACCCGAUGAACGCCGUGGAGUUCCGGUACGCCACGUUGGCCUGGGAGAAGGCCAAAGCUCCCGCCAAAGCCACCCCCGUCCCCAAGAAGCAGUGCAAGAGAGGUGGAAUGCAUCGAGUACUGCGCAAGGAGAAACUAAGCUUGUAUAUCACAGCAGAAGAGGGUAAGGGAAACAACGAGGCUCCCAACGGACAGAGUCUCCUUACCCACAUGGAACAGGAGAGCCCCCAGAGCACCAUCUCCUCUACCCAGAGCUCCAUCAUCCGCCCACCGCUGCACAAAACCCUACAUCGCAUCGAUCUGCGCGUCAAGAAGGGGGCGUUGGUAGGAAUAUGUGGAGCUGUGGGGAGCGGAAAGAGCUCUCUGCUGUCUGCUCUGCUGGGACAGAUGACCCUGCUGGAGGGCAACGUGGCAGCCAGUGGCGGCUUUGCCUAUGUGGCUCAACAGGCCUGGAUCCUCAAUGACUCACUGAGAGAGAACAUCCUGUUCGGAAAAGAAUACGACGAAGACAGGUAUAAUGCUGUGGUCUCUGCCUGCUGCCUGAUUCCUGAUCUGACAGAGCUGCCCUAUGGGGAUAUGACUGAGAUAGGUGAGAGGGGUGCCAACCUGAGUGGCGGGCAGCGCCAGCGGGUGAGCCUGGCACGUGCCCUGUAUAGCGAGCGGCCCAUCCUGCUCCUGGACGACCCUCUCAGUGCCGUGGACGCCCACGUGGGCUCUCAUCUCUUCCACAAUGCCAUCCGCACGGAGUCCAAGGACAAGACCACCAUCUUUGUCACACACCAGCUGCAGUACCUGGCAGAGUGUGACCACGUGAUUCUGAUGAAGGACGGGCAGAUUGCCGAGCAUGGCACCCACUCCCAGCUUAUGGGCAGAGACCGUGACUACGCCGCUCUCGUCAACAGCGUACAGCAGGAGAACCUGGUGAAAAAGAACCGGGUGAAAACAAACCUGAAGAAAGAGGGAGAUGAAAAGGUUGAGACCACCGGGAAUUUCGCCAAAGUUGCCAGACCGCCGGUGGAGAAAGGGAAAGGAGACCAGCUCAUGAAAGCGGAGGAGAAGGGCUCUGGUGCCGUGGCCUGGGAUGUGUACAAGGCCUACAUCAAUGCGGCUGGAGGCCCUUAUGCCUUCAUCAUCAACGUCAUCCUCUUCCUCUUCACCACUGGCAGCAUCGCCUUCAGUAACUGGUGGCUGAGCUACUGGAUCCGCCAGCGCAGUGGGAAUACAUCAUUAAUCCUGGAGAACGAAACCAAUGAAACAUUGGCGGGGUUGGCAAGCGACAGCAUGAGGCUCAACCCUCACGUUCACUACUACUCAAGAGUUUAUGUGUUGUCCAUGGGGGCCGCUCUCUUCCUGAAGACAAUGAGGGGGCUAGUGUUCGUCAAGUGCACUGUUCGGGCUGCCUCGGUACUCCACGACAAGCUGUUCCACCGCCUCCUCCUGAGCCCCAUGCGCUUUUUUGACACAACACCUUUGGGCCGCAUCCUCACCCGCUUCUCCCGAGACAUGGACGAGGUGGACGUCCGUCUGGCCAUGCAGGCUGAGAUGCUUCUCCAGAACAUGACCCUGGUGCUCUUCUGCCUGGUCAUGGUGGGCAUCGUAUUCCCCUGGUUCCUGAUCUCCCUCCUGCCCCUGGGAGCCUUCCUCCUCAUUGUCAACCGCGUCUCCAGGGUUCUGAUUCGCGAGCUGAAGCGUCUGGAGAACAUCAGCCAAUCACCUUUCACCUCGCACAUCACCAGUAGUCUCCAGGGGCUGUCCACCAUUCACGCGUAUGGCAGAGGGGACGACUUCUUACACAGGUACCAGGCUUUACUGGACACCAACCAGGCUUCCCACUACCUGUUCAGCUGUGCUAUGCGCUGGCUGGCUGUACGGCUGGACCUGAUCAGCAUCAUUCUCAUCACCACCGUAGCCCUGCUCAUCGUUUUCAUGCACACACCUGCUCAUUCAGGGUUUAUGUUGUUUGAUCCCCCAGCCUACGCAGGCUUGGCUAUAUCCUACGCUGUGCAGCUGACCGGUCUGUUUCAGUUUACCGUGAGAUUGCUGUCAGAGACUGAGGCUCGCUUCACGUCAGUCGAGAGGAUCAAUCAUUAUAUAAAGACCUUAGAAGGUGAGGCGCCGCGGCAGAUCACUGGACCCUCCUCUCCUGCCCCCUGCUGGCCAGAUAAGGGACGGAUCUCCUUCCAGGAUGUGGAGAUGUGUUACCGGGACGACCUGCCGCUGGUGCUCAAGAAACUUUCCUUUAACAUCCUGCCAGAGGAGACCAUCGGCAUUGUGGGUCGCACUGGCUCAGGGAAGUCCUCACUGGGCGUAGCUCUCUUCAGACUGGUGGAGCUGACUGGGGGCUCCAUCACCAUCGACGACGUCAACAUUGCACAGAUUGGAUUGGAAGACCUGAGAAGCAAGCUGUCAGUCAUUCCCCAGGAGCCCGUUCUCUUCAUUGGCACUAUCAGGUCCAAUCUGGACCCAUGGAAUCAAUACUCAGAUCCCCAGAUCUGGGAUGCACUUGAGCGGUCCCAUAUAAAGGAGAUUAUCAGCCAACUGCCCCACUCCCUCCAGUCCGAGGUGACAGAGAACGGAGAGAAUUUCUCAGUGGGAGAGAGACAACUACUGUGUGUGGCAAGAGCACUGCUGAGACACAGCAAGAUCUUGCUGUUGGAUGAGGCGACUGCAGCCAUCGACACAGAGACAGACCGGCUGAUUCAGGAGACCAUCCGCGAGUCAUUCAGCAGCUGCACCACGUUGAUCAUCGCCCAUCGCCUCAACACUGUGAUGAGCUGUAACAGGGUCAUGGUGUUGGACCAGGGACAGAUUUUGGAGUUCGACACCCCUGCUGCCCUGCUGGCAGAUGACAACUCCAGAUUCCGUGCCAUGAUCGAGGCAUCUAACGGCAAGCUCAGUGACACAGAGCAGUGAACCGAGGCGAAUGGGUACAAAUUAGCGCUUAUAAAACGAGGCAAUAUAGCAGAGGACAUGACUUGCACAAACUUUGAAGAUUACCAUCCUUCCAUGGAGCGAGUCAGAUGUUAUUUUAGAAGGCAUUAACAGAGGUUCUUACCAACGCUGCUAAAUCUAGUGAUGUCUGUUGAUUUCAAAAACCAAUGAUGACAAUGUUCCAAAAGACGCAUCAAAGAUGUGGAUCUAUUGAGAGUUGGGAGUAUCGUACCUGCUGACCUUUACUGCUGUGUGGAAAGAGAUCAUUUCUCAGAAGCAAAAGGAGAACGCAAAUCAAGAGCAAUGACUCUACAAUGGCACUUUAUAUUCCAUGAUGAAACACUGAAGCGUCUGAUAACACUGAAUGUUGCUUCCUUUUGACCCUCUCUCUACAGGGCUAUCAGUGAGAAUUGGAAGAGACCAUGAAAUGAUCUAUAUAUUUCACUGAUAUAAUUCGAAAGGAACCGAUCACUUGUAUAAGCCUCAAUGCUAGUUGGUAGAAUGGAUUUUAUAUUAUGAUAUUUGCAAUCAAUACAGCCAGCACAUUCAUCAGUCAAAUCACUGGGCAACUGAGACUUCCAAAGAAUCACAUUGAUAUACCAAAGUAGCCAUUCCACAUGAGCAAGGUCAGGAAUAUAUUGACUGGUAAUGUCAAGUUAUAAUAAGGCAGAUUGUGAUAUGGUAAUCAUUUCAGUGAAUCCUAACAGAUGCGGUGUAUAUGUGCCUCUACAGUUAUGUCAUUCGUUGUGUAGUAAUGUUGUAGCCUAUGCUUUUUGGAAUUGCAUUUGUGUUGCAUUAUGUUCUGUUCUGGGUGAAUCAUAUGCUGGUAUGUGGGAACUGUAUCUGCAUAGUCUCUUGUAUUGUUGCAGGGUUAUAUGGCAGGAAUGUUGUUUUUAUCAACGUGUAAUCAUUCUGUUGUGUAGUAAUAAAGCACAAUUAUAUUCAUGAUUUUGAAGGACAGCAAAACAGAGUUAUGGAACAAAUAAUGAAAGGUAUUGAGUAUUUUGAGUAUUUGUUUUGUUCUAAACAACCACAGACAAUGUCUGCAAAUCAGUGUUUUUGGAUGCCGUUUUGGAUUGUAAACAUCUAGAUGCCUUAUAAUAAUAAUACACUGAGCAGACAUUGUGUGCAAUAAGCAAUAGGUUGUUAGAUAAACCAUAAAGAUGGCCUUGUAAAAGACUUGAGAUUGUAAUUUUGCUAUAUUUUUUUAUUCUUAAAUGUUAAGAUUUUUUUUGUCUUAGAAAUGCUUUACCAAUAAAACAUGUUUUCAUACUUGAAA